UUUGAGAGCGGAACAUCACAGAGUCCGUAAAUCGUUAUAUGGAUAGUAACGAAUUGAUUGCCGUUGUGACGGACAAAGAAGCACCAGUAGUAAAUAAUUCGCUAAAAUCUGAAUCUGAACAGAUGAUAGAGGAAAAGGUUGAGAAGGAUGAAAAUGACGAUUUGGUGACACCGUGGGAUGUUACAGCUUCAAGCAAGAAAGGCAUUGAUUACGAUAAAUUGAUAGCAAAAUUCGGAUGUUAUAGAAUAACAGAAGAUUUGAUCAAUCGAUUCGAACGAAUUACUGGUCAAAAGGCACAUCCAAUGCUGCGACGUGGGCUGUUUUUUGCCCAUCGUGAUUUAUCACUAAUUUUGGAUCGUUUGGAACAGAAAAAGCCAUUUUAUUUAUAUACUGGCCGAGGUCCGAGUAGUGGUAGCCUGCAUCUUGGACACCUUAUCCCAUUCGUUUUUACAAAAUGGUUGCAGGAUGUGUUCGAUGUACCUCUCAUCAUUCAGAUAACAGAUGAUGAAAAAUUCCUUUGGAAGAACCACACACUGGAUGAAAUCAAACGUAUGGCAAACGAAAAUAUUAAAGAUAUUAUUGCUUGUGGUUUUAGUCCCGAUAAAACUUUCAUCUUUUUAGAUACUGAGUAUAUGUGCCCGUCCUUUUUCACGAAUAUCUUGAAGAUAUGGAAGCUUGUAACACUUAAUCAAGCGCGUUCAAUUUUUGGAUUCACUGGUGAAGAUUCAAUGGGUAAAGCAGCCUUUCCUUCAGUUGAGGCAGCUCCGUGCUUCAGUAGUAGUUUUCCACUAAUAUUUGGAAAACGAGAAGAUAUUCCAUGUAUCAUUCCAUGUGCCAUUGAUCAGGAUCCUUACUUUCGGAUGUGUCGUGAUGUUGCUCCGCGACUGAAAUAUCUAAAACCGGCGAUGAUAUACAGCUCGUUCUUACCAGCUUUACAAGGUGCGCAAAGCAAAAUGGCUGCGUCAGAUGCCACCACAUGUAUUUAUUUGGAUGAUGCACCUAAACAGAUAAAAACUAAGAUCAAUAAAUAUGCUUUUAGUGGUGGGCGUGAUACAAUUGAGGAGCAUCGUAAAUAUGGUGGUAACUGUGAUAUUGAUAUUUCAUAUCAGUUCUUGCGGUAUUUCAUGGAAGACGAUGAUGAAUUGGAAAGCAUACGUAAACGUUACACAAAUGGUGAAUUAUUAACCGGCGAACUCAAAGCAAUAGCCAUUAAGGAAGUGCAGCGAGUUAUGACAGAAUUACAGCAGCGACGAAAACAGGUGACUGAUGAAGUAGUGAAAAGUUUUGCUGUCCCACGAAAGUUAAAGUAUGAUUAUUGAGAAUGUGCCAUUUAUUUUUUCUAAUUUUUGGAUGAUGGAUUUCUGGUUGAUUUUGUUUCUACACUGUUAUUCCCUUGAAAUUUGUUUUGAUCCCAUUUUUCACUGUUUAAUUACGGAUAAUUUUCUCUUUUUACGCUUGCUUGAUUUAUAUGAUGUAAUCGUUUAUCUUAGGCCACAGUUUCGUUAGUUUCAAACUUGUAUAAACUAGCUUUAUUGGUUUGAAAUUCCUGAAGUCAUCGACAGACCAUUUGUUUAUACAUCUUUUUCUGUUGUACUUUUAUCUAUCAUUUUAUAACGC